AUGGCAGACAGUGUAGAGGAAUUAUUCGGCUACAACCGAGGGAACUUUAUGUUCGACCAGAAGCUCCGACAAUGGCGCGAAUAUCAGGAGCAGAACAUGAGAGUGAAGCAGUUUAUGCUGUACCGAGAGGACAUGCGCGACCUGAACGAGCUGACCAUCAGCAAGAUGGACAGCUAUUUGAUGAUUGCAGUGCUGGAACUUGGUUGCUGUCUGGAUCUCUUAGUACAUGGAGUGCUCCACCUCCAUGAAAUGUCGAAAGAUGAGCAGCCAACUUGGAACCUCUGGCUGUACGUGAUCAGUGGGGAACUUCAGUAUCCCGAUUGCGCACCUGGUGAGAGAAGAAGCAGUGCUGGUAGCACAGAGUAUCUUCUCAUCAGCUUUUUCAAUACUCAGGUUUGGCAGAAGUUCGGCUCCCAGUUUCAGCUCAUUCAUUUACAGUGA